GCAAUCUGUAGGGGUCGCUAAUAACCCUCUGCAAACAUGGCUGCCCAAGAUGAACUCAAUCAACUGGAGCGGGUGUUUCUGCGCCUGGGCCAUGCAGAGACAGAUGAUCAGCUUCAGGACAUUAUCUCCAAAUUUCUCCCCCCUGUUCUCCUGAAACUUUCCAGUGUGCAGGAGGGUGUGCGCAAGAAAGUGAUGGAGCUGCUCGUCCACCUGAACAAGAGGAUAAAAAGCCGACCUAAAAUUCAGCUACCGGUCGAAACGUUACUGGUUCAGUACCAAGACCCUGCAGCGGCUUCUUUUGUUACGAAUUUCACAAUCAUCUACAUAAAAAUGGGCUACCCACGGCUGGAGGUGGGAAGGCAGUGUGAGUUGGCCCCCACCCUUCUGACCGCUAUGGAAGGCAAGCCGCAGCCUCAGCAGGACAGCCUAAUGCACCUGCUGAUUCCUACUCUUUACCAUAUGAAAUAUCCAGCAGACGCCUGCAAGAGCGCCUCUCCUUUUAACUUAAGUGAGCGGCCAAAAACAGUACAGCUCUUGCUGGAGUUCAUGUUGGAUGUCUUGCUGAUGCCUUACGGGUUUGUGCUCAGUGAGUCUCCCACUAGACCUUCGCCGUCCUCCUCCCAAGGAGGUUCUGCUGAUGGGGCUGCUGCGGCUGCAUCGGGGCAGAGUCUCCCCCAGGCUCCCCCGGGGAUGAAUAUCUAUGCUGCCAAGAGGGUCAUUGGGGAGGCCCAGUGGACUUCAGAGCAGCUAGAGCAGUGUAAGCUGGGCAUCGUGAAGUUCAUUGAGGCGAAGCAAGUGCCAGAAGUGGAGACGGUGGUGCACCUAGUGGUGGCGUCUAGCGACACACGACACAGUGUGGCCACUGCAGCUGAUCUGGAGCUCAAGAGUAAACAGAGCAUUAUCGAUUGGAAUAACCCCUUAAUAAUUAACAAGAUGUACAAAGUGUACCUUGGAGACGUUCCACUCAAAACAAAGGGCGGCACUAUGAAGCAUGAGCUGAAACACGAACCAGCGAGCACGAGAGUCAAGUUAAAGAUCCUGCCGCAUCUUUUACGCUCGCGUCUUGCCGCAGAGUGCUUCCCUGCUAAUAUCCAGGUUGUUUAUGAUGGUUUGUUUGGAGCCAACACCAACAACAAAUUGCUCUCUCUCACUUUGCAAUUUGUCCAUCACAUCUGUAUGGUGUGCCCUGGCACGAAUAAACCUUUAGGCCUAAUGCUGCUGAAUGGCCUUACUAAGCUUAUAAAUGAAUACAAAGAGGAUCCAAAAUUACUAUGUGUUGCAUAUUCUGCUGUUGGAAAGCUCUCAAGCCGUAUGCCACAGCUCUUCACAAAGGAUAUCGCGCUCGUGCAACAGUUUUUUGAGUCUAUGUGCAAGGAGGAGCCUGAUGUUCGUCUUGCCAUCCAGGAGGCUUUGUCCAUGAUGGUCGGGGCCUAUGCUAACCUACAGGGGGCACUGCUUAACCUGAUGGAAGCAUUGGUGGGCGCAUACAUUGUGAAGCCAGAGGUUCAAGUUCGCCAGGUUGCCAUGAAGUAUGCCAGUACAGUGUUUGGGCCUGAUCAUGUGCCGUCAAGAUACCUGCUGCUGCUUGCCGCUGGAGACCCGCGCGAGGAGGUGAGUGGAGAGGCUCAGAAGGUGUUGAGGACAUUUCCGACUAAAAGUCCUGAGAAGGAGGGGCCCAAGCCAAUUCCUUCCUUUCCAGACAUGGUGGCCUACAUUCAAGAGGAGGCAUCUCAGAGAAUCAAGACUCCAGCUAAAUACAUCGUUGGAACCUCGGUCAUUCCUUUCAACCCGUCUGCUUUUGCAGAGAUUGUCCACUACCUGAGGAUGUGUCUGGCGUACAGCGCGGGCGCCAGGCCACUGUCGAUGCGACUUUCAAACAUGCAGGAUGACGCACCAGCCAUAGGCCAAUAUGUCCGCACACUUCUGUCUUCUGAGCCUCCCUCUUCGGGGUCCAAGGGCGCUGAAACCAAUCCUGUUCACAUCUACCUGGAAUUGCUGCAGCAGCUGCUUUCUGCCGUCGGAGGAAUUCCCGCAAUGUACUUUCUCUUGGAGGUGGUGGCUGUAUGCCCAGAGAAACUGGCUCCCAAGUUUGUUGAUAAAAUAGACUGGAUUAAGAGUCUGAUGAACACAAAUAAGGAGGACAUGAGGGAGCUCGCAGCCCAACUGUACGCUGUGGUUGUCUCCACCAUGACAGGCAAUGAUCUGCAGGCCGCCGUGCACAACUUGGUCAAGAUUACCAAAGACAACCACAGCCCCGAGACUCAGCACGGUGCUAUCUUGGCACUUGGCUACAUGGUGGGAAGAUAUAUGAGCAAAAAGAAAGCUGCCGCAUGCAGUGAGCUUACCCACAAGGGAAGCGUCCCCUCUCAGGAGGAGGAUGCCAUUGUUGCCAUGGCAACCAAGACAGUUGGUUCCUUCCUGGACAACAGUAGUGCACUAUUGCCACUAGCAGCAUGUACAGCUCUCGGAGAAAUAGGUCGGAAUGGAGCCCUGCUGAUUCCAGCCGAGGGUGAAGGCCUCUCCAAAUUGUCCGUUGUAGAAAACCUGCUUGCGCGCAUCCCUUCUGGCAAGGAGAGUUUAAAGAUAAAAGAGCGCUCAAUCCAAACCUUGGGCUACCUUCCAGUAGGAGAUGGAGAUUUCCCUCAUCAAAAGAAGCUGCUACAGGGACUUAUGGACUCAGUAGAGGCCAAGCAAGUGGAGUUGCAGUUCACAGUGGGAGAAGCAAUUACCACCGCUGCUUUAGGCACCACUUCUGGAGCUGUAAGAGAUCCAUGGACCUGCACUGACGAACAGUACAGCCCACCCUCAAAUGUCAAAACCAAUGACGUGGUUCCUUGGGUCCUCAACUCUGUGUUGUCAAAGUACAUUCCGAGCCAGAAUCCUCAUGUCCGGCAGGCAGCCUGCAUCUGGCUUCUCUCUCUGGUUAAGAAACUCAGCCAACACAAGGAAAUCAAGUCCCAUUUGAAGGAGAUCCAGGUGGCAUUCAUCUCCAUUCUUUCAGACCCAGAUGAUUUGAGUCAGGAUGUGGCAUCUAAAGGCCUCGGCUUGGUCUAUGAGAUGGGUGGAAAGACAGACCAGCAGGAACUGGUUUCCACCCUGGUGGAAACACUCAUGACCGGCAAAAGAAUUAAACACGCCGUUUCAGAAGACACACAGGUGUUCCAAGGCGAAGGCAUCGGCAAAACACCCGAUGGCCACAGCUUGUCCACAUACAAAGAGCUCUGCUCGUUGGCAAGUGACCUGAACCAGCCUGAUCUCGUGUACAAAUUUAUGAACCUGGCCAACCAUCACGCCAUGUGGAACUCUCGAAAGGGCGCCGCGUUUGGCUUUCACAUGAUUGCUACCAAGGCCGGUGAGCAGCUCGCUCCAUUCCUGCCACAGCUGGUGCCACGCCUGUACCGCUACCAGUUUGACCCCAACCUCAGCGUUCGCCAGGCCAUGACCAGCAUCUGGGAUGCCUUAGUUACUGAUAAAACCCUGGUGGAUAAAUACCUGAAGGAGAUUCUGCAUGAUGUCAUUUCCAACCUCACUAGCAACACCUGGAGAGUGCGGGAGUCCAGCUGUUUGGCCCUGAACGACUUGGUUCGAGGCCGCCAAGCUGACGACCUCAUUGAUCACUUGGCCGAGAUGUGGGAGACUCUGUUCAGAGUUCUUGAUGAUAUUAAGGAAUCGGUGAGGAAGGCUGCAGAUCUAACACUAAAAACGCUCGGCAAGGUGUGCACUCGUAUGUGCGAGUCCACCGGUUCUACUGCCCAGAGAACUGUGGCCGCAAUUCUUCCCACCUUGCUGGAGAAGGGCAUAGUCAGCAAUGUCUCUGAGGUUCGCUCGCUGAGCAUCCAGACCCUAGUAAAGAUCAGUAAGACAGCCGGAGCCAAACUCAAGCCUCACGCUUCCCGACUCAUCCCAGCUCUUCUGGAGGCCCUGAGCACCAUGGAGCCUCAGGUGCUCAACUACCUCAGUCUCAGAGCCACGGAGCAAGAGAAGAGUGCCAUGGAUGCUGCCAGGCUCAGCGCUGCCAAGUCCUCGCCAAUGAUGGAAACCAUUAAUAUGUGUUUGCAGCACCUCGACGUCACAGUGUUGGGGGAGCUCGUUCCCAAGCUGUGUGAGCUGCUGAAGAGCGGAGUCGGGCUAGGCACCAAGGGUGGUUGUGCCAGUGUGAUUAUUUCACUUACAGUGCAGUGUCCCCAGGACCUUACGCCGUACUCAGGUAAACUAAUGAGCGCUCUGCUCAGCGGCAUCCACGACAGAAGCGCCGUGGUUCAGAAAGCCUUCGCCUUUGCACUGGGCCAUCUAGUCAGGACCGCGAAAGACAGCAGUGUGGAGAAGCUGCUUCUGAAGCUCAGCACCUGGUACCUGGAGAAAGAAGAGCCUGUGUACAAGUCCUCCUGUGCCCUGACUGUGCACGCCAUCAGCCACUAUAGCCCCGAUGUGCUGAAGGCCCAUGCCGGAGUGGCCCUGCCGCUGGCUUUCUUGGGCAUGCACCAGGCACCCGCCACUGACGAGGAUAAAGGAGAGAGUCACGACGCCACCUUGUGGACUGAAGUGUGGCAGGAGAAUGUCCCCGGAAGUUUUGGGGGCAUCCGCCUUUACAUGACGGAGCUCAUCGCCAUUACCCAGAAGGCACUGCAGUCCCAGUCUUGGAAGAUGAAGGCUCAGGGCGCAGCUGCCAUGGCAACCGUUGCCAAGGAACAGACGGGCUCAUUGGUGGCGCCACACCUGGGCUUGGUGCUGACUGCCUUAAUCCAGGGUCUGGCGGGACGCACGUGGGCGGGCAAGGAGGAACUACUGAAGGCUAUUGGAUCAAUUGUCUCCAAAUGCAGCACAGAGCUACAGAAGCCUUGCGCAGGCCAGCCCACCACCUCAGAGGUGCUGGAGGUGGUCUUCAAGGAAUGUCGUAAGGAGAGUCUGGUGUACAAGAUGUCCGCCCUGUGCUGUGCUGGCGACGUGCUUCAUAGCAGCCAGGAGGACCGCUUCAGCGACAUGACCGACGUCCUCUUCCCUCUGAUAAAGAAGAGCUGUCCAGAGAGCGGCGCAGCGUCACCGAGGUCACGAGAGGAGGAGGUUGACCUCGGAACCAAGGAGAAAGAACUGCAGACUGAAGUUGUGCUCUGCGCUUUUGACACCAUGGGAAAAACUUGGCCGAAGAACCCGCAGACUCAAUCUCGUUUCCAGGAGGAGGUCUGUAGCCUCAUGUGUGAGAAGCUGCAGUUGAGCACAUGGAAGGUGCAGCUUGCCGUUCUCCGCUGCAUGAAGGCCUAUUUCCAGGGAUUACUGCUGUUUGAGAAGAACAGCAGCGACGUGAGCACGCUGUCUCGCCUCUUAACCGACACCUGUGCUGCUCUCACUCAUCCUUUAGAAAACAAAAGUUAUUCUUCUGUGAGGACGGAGGCUUUGUCUGUAGUGGAGCUGAUUGUGAAGAGGACUGGAGAGAGCGAACAGUGGGAUUGUGUGUCGGUGAAGAGUCGGGAGCAGCUGCAGCGUUCCCUGUCUACGCUGCAGUCAGACAGCAGACCAGACCUGAGGGACAAAGCUCAAGAUCUGCGCAGGCAUAUCCAGAGCCAGCCUUGAGCCAGUCUCAGUCAGUCACACAUGCACACAAAGCAGCCACAUAAACUCUGUGGUCAAAGUAAUAAGAAAUUACACACCUUGUUCCCCAGUGUGAAAGUUGUCUUUUGUAGUGUCCUUUCUAUUUGGCUCUUUGGACAGUUGUUCUAGUAAUAAAUUUAAAUGUGAUGAACCAGAGUGGUUGACACUAAUUAUGGCCCCGAAGAGAGGCUUUUACUACUGUUGUAUCGUUUGUCUACUCGUUAAAUAUCGACAACUGUUUUACCCUGGCGGACUGUUGCCAAAGUGACAAUACUAUUAUUACUCUUUAAAACAUUGGGAGGUGAAAACCUUGGAGUUUUCGUUGCAAAAUAUAUGAGGUGACUUUUUCUGUCAGGUCUUGAAACUAAGUUACAACCCUGUUUAAGUGAUACAUGCUUUAGUUGUUUCAAUUUGUCACAAGUGAAAUAAAAACUACCUUGUCCCAACAGUGA